UGGAAUGACUGGUUUCCUCCUCCUCCUUCUCCUCCUCCUCCUCCUCCAAGACAGACAGACAGAGAGAGAGAGAGAGAGAGAGAGAGAGAGAGAGAGAAACGGAGAGGUGAUGAUGAUGAUGAUGGUGCUAAAGCAGUGCAUUCUCUAUCAGAACUGAAAUCACUGCGUGAUGAGCUGCAGGGCAGGACACGGACAUCGCGCUGUCUUUUUCUGCUGGGACUCCCAAGAUGCUGCUAACAUAUGCUAACAGGGGAAUGCAUCAUCCUAAACUGCACAUGGAUUAACAAGUUUGAGGAUUUUAAACUACGGAAAAAUGCACGAGGACGAAGUUUGGAAGGCCAGAGAAGCUAAGCUGAACUUUAGCUGUAGGUCAACAGUUCACAUGCACAAAUGAUUUUGCACAUUGUAAUGGAAAUGGUAAUGAGUGAGUGGCACUGAUGGAUAAAUGACCAUAUUGUUGAGUUCUGCAGAGGGAUCACACAUGGAUUUUUAUGAUUGAAGAAUUUGUCAAAAGAUGUCGGAUUUGGGAGCAAAGAUGCCUCCAGCUCAGCGGCAUCAGAGGAAACAGGUGAUUCACGGACCAGAUGAGCAGAAGAAGGUCAUGGCACUCAUGGAUCUAUGUACACCAGAAAGAAACAAGGGCAGGAUGAACUGUGCUCAUUACAAAAUGAUCUACACAGACUGGGCAAAUCACUAUUUGGUAAAAUCAGGACAUAAACAGCUGAUUAAAGAUCUACAGCAAGAUGUUUCUGAUGGAGUGCUUUUGGCUGAAAUCAUCCAAGUUGUAGCCAAUGAGAAGAUCGAGGACAUAAACGGCUGCCCAAAGAGCCACUCGCAGAUGGUUGAAAAUAUUGAUACAUGUCUUACUUUUCUGGCAGCAAAAGGUGUGAACAUACAGGGACUAUCAGCUGACGAAAUCAGAAAUGGGAAUCUGAAGGCGAUACUGGGACUGUUUUUCAGUUUAUCAAGAUACAAACAGCAGCAGCAACAGCAGCAGAGUAGCUCACACACACACUUCACACACACGCCUACAAACACUGCACAUACACAAGUGGCCUCCUCGCAUGAGACAGACUCUUCAACAUCACAGAUCCAACGAGCACAGACAGAGAUGCAGUCCAGACUUCCUGGCCCUACAUCAAGAGUUCCUGCUGUGUGUGUUGAGUCUCGGGGUUCAGUCAGCUCAGCAGGAAACAGACGCAGCCAGACAUUCACUGAGAAAAUCAAACCUACAUCAACGCACACCAGAGAAUCGUUAGACGCCAUUGCCUCCCAACCAAGUUUGAAUGAGCACACUUCAUCAUCAUUGGCAACCACCUCCAUCGUUACCAGCACUGUGCCAUCUUCCUCUUCUUCCUCUGGCACUUCCAGCUCAGCCAUCCCUCAGCCCAACUCAUGCAGCAAACCAUGGAGGAGCAAAUCUCUAAGCGCCAAAAACGCGCCUACCUCCACUGUUUCUUCGGUUAAGGGGGAAGUCCCUUCUAAACAGGCUUCUCCUGUUGACCCACCCCACAAAUCCCUGUCACAAAAGUCCAUGUUGGAAAAACUCAAACUGUUUAACAGUAAAAGUGUCUCUAAAUCCUCCACACAACAAGAAAGUGCUGUGCAAAUGUCACUUGUUUCAGAGAAAGUAGAAGCUCCUGAGGUUCUGGAGGAAGCCAACGGCAACACAUUAACAAGCAACAGCCCGAAGAUGGCUCUAAAGGGCAUUGCACAGCGCACCUUUAGCAGAGCACUGACAGCUAAAAAGGGCUCAGUAAAAGGUGUGGAAAAAGAAAAAGACCAUGAGAAAGAGAAAGAGCGGGCUAAGGAGAAAGAGAAAGACAAAGGAAAGGAUUCUUCUAAACGAUUGUUUACUUUUGAAAAGGUGCCGAGUAGAGAAGCAGCAUCUACAGAGGAAGUGACAGCCAGAAGUGAAGUUAGCAAGGCUACAGAGCCUAAACGAACCUCUAAAAUUGCUAGCCUCAUUCCCAAAGGAGGCAAAAUGAAUGCAACGAAAGAUAGCUCUACCUCUGUUCACAGCGGAAUCCCCAAACCAGGAAGUAAAAGCACAGCUAAAAGUUUAGGAGUGCCCUUCUGUGGCAAAGACAACGAAAGGCCACGUAGCAUGAGACUAAGCAGUGGAGUUGGUUUCCAUGGAGACAGUCACCACUCUUCUUCCUCUUCCAGUCUUGCAUCUACAGAGGGCAAAGCUCAUCAUACCCAAGGCGUCACCUCAAUUAGUAAUGGAGGAACUACCCAGUCCACAGCUAGCAACACAGUUAGUGUACAGCUUCCUCAGCCUCAGCAGCAGUACAACCACCCAAACACAGCUACAGUAGCACCAUUCAUGUACAGAUCCCAGACAGAGGGGGAUGAUAUCGCAGAAAAGGGCUCCACAGGACACACUGGAGAGUUGGGUAGCUUCAGCAAAACCAGCCAGAUGUCCACUGAGGAUUUAUCAGGUGAAGAUCCUGAGACUAGGAGACUAAGAACAGUAAAAAACAUUGCAGACCUUCGACAGAACCUUGAGGAAACUAUGUCAAGCUUACGGGGGACACAGAUCACACACAGUGCUCUGGAAACGUUUGAUAGUGGUGGAACCACAGAAACGAACAGUCGUGGUUUCCGGUCAUCUCGUGCUGCACCACUCUCAUGGACUAAUCGGAUUGGUCCGUCCAGCCCACGGCUGCAGGCAGGCGAUGCCCCCUCACCAGGAAAUGGAUAUCCGGCUCAUGGGGGCAUGGCUGGGGCUGCCCUGGGCCACACACGCUACCUUUACUCUGCCCCUCUGCGUAGGCAGCUUGUAGCACGCAGCAGCGCCAUCUGUGGGCUUGAGCUGGGAGAGCAGGAUGGAGAGGAACUCCAGGCAGACGUCAGUGGCUAUGUGAGCGACGGAGACGUGCUCACUAAGAACACACAUACAGACGAGCUCAGCAGUGGCUACCUGACGGAUGGUGGUUUGAGUUUAUAUACUCGUCGUAUGAACCGUUUUCCAGAUGGACUGGCACUGAUGCGAGAAACUUUGCAGAAACAUGUAUCGACAGGUCAAGGAGAUGCAGACAGUUGGGAUGACAGCAGUUCCGUCAGUAGUGGCAUUAGUGAUACAAUCGACACUGAUGAUAUCAACACUAGUUCUUCCAUCAGCUUGUACACACACACGUCUGCUUCAUGCAGAAUCAUGAACACCCAACUACAGACUGAUUCUGAGAAACAUUCAGUAGCUGAGAGAAACUCAAGCUGGUCUUGUGAUGAAGUCAAGAAAUCAGACAGAGGUUCGGACAGCAGCUUGAAGAUGGAGUCUGGCUCGAAAAACUCUUCUGAUGUGUCAGAUGAGUGGGAUAAGGGAGGAUCUGGAAAGAAGAGCGGUGCCACCUCUCAGACUGGUUCAUGGAGACGGGGCAUGAGUGCCCAGGUGGGCGUGACUUCUCCACGCACGAAAAACUUGACGGUUACCUCAGGACCAGGGGUGAUGAAAACACAUGGAACCGCUAAAACAGAUGACUCUAAAGUGUCAGAGAAAGGAUGCAUUUCUCCCCAUACUAACAACAUCCAGAGCUGUGACCCUGCCUCUUCCCGUGUUGCCUUCGGCUUUAAAAAACCCACUUCUGGGUCUAUAUCUGGUCUCACUGUUACAGCAACGACUUCCAGCACAGCUAUGGUAUCAGCUAGCAGAGUCACGGUCAUCAGUGGCUCAGCCACACUGGGGAAAAUCCCCAAAUCCACAGCGCUUAUGGUUGGUGGAGUCAGAUCUUGUGUAAAAGGCUCAACACCAGAGUGUGCCAUGGUGACUCAAGAGGAUGGUGGCCUAGCAACCAGCAUCAGGUCAACACCACAGUACCGCAGCCUGCCACGACCUUCACGCUCCUCCCACAAACGCUCAUCUACCAGCAGCAUUGAAUCAGGAUCAAGCGGCCGAGGCCCUGCCAGCAACCUCAUUGUUUUGGCCAAUAAGAUACAAGAGUCUAUCCCCAACGUGAAAACCAAUCAGACUGACAAGGAAAAGGGAGGAGUCUCAGAAAUGGACAACUUAAGAGCAAACGUGGUUGGCUCAAGCUCAACAAUUCCACAGACAGCAAGACAAGGGUGUAAAUAUACAGAGGUUUCAUCACCCACACUACGCAGACUUUUUGGAGGUAAAGCUGCUAAGCAAGCCUCUGCCACAGAGAACCUGAAAAAUUCUGUGGUAAUUUCAAACCCUCACGCCACCUUGGCUCACCAUUCAGUUCCAUCUGCUGGGCUCUUGGACUCUUCCUCAGCAGGCAGUAGUCUGGGUGCAGGGGGCGGUGAGCAGGUGUCCAGCCCUGGCUCGGGCUACUCAGGGGGCACAGGGACAUGGGGCCACCCCUCUGUCAGCAGCAUGCACACUAGCAGUGAAUCCAUUGAUAUGUCAGUGAGCAGUGGGCAUCACCGUGACAACGGCUACCAUCCAAUCACUCGUACUGGAAGCGUCAAGAUAGAGAGUCCCUUGUCUUCCCCCUCUGCUAGUCCAAAAUUCAGUUGCAACACCUUGCCUCGGAAACAGAACAGGUAUACGCCCUCACCACAGCUCCGCCCAGAGGAGGCACGUGAUUGGCUGCGCUCGCAUUCUAUCAGCGGAUUGCAGGACUCGGCCAGUAACUCACCGUUUUCUACCGGCUCCAGCCUGACCUCACCGUCUGGGACGCGUUUUAAUUUUGGGCAGCUUGCCAGUCCCACUACAGUUGCUCAGAUAAACCUUGUGAGUUUGCGCAACAGCAGUUUAAACAAUCAGGAUGCAGGGCUGGACAUGUGCAAUGAGACUCGUCUAAGAAACUCCUGUGUGUCGUUGGAUGAGAAAACCCGCAUCAUGAGCCGCUCUGCUUCCUUCAGAGAUGGGUUUGAGGAAGUACAUGGUUCAUCUCUUUCCCUGGUCUCAAGUACAUCUUCCAUCUACUCCACUAAUGAAGAAAAGUCACAGUCAGAGAUUCGGAAGUUGCGCAGAGAGCUGGAUGCCUCACAGGAGAAAGUGUCAGCACUGACAACACAGCUGAGUGCUAACGCCCACUUGGUUGCAGCAUUUGAGCAGAGUCUGGCCAACAUGACCAUCAGAUUAAAAAGCCUCACUAUGACAGCAGAGCAGAAGGACUCCGAGCUGAAUGAACUGAGGAAAACCAUCGAGUUGCUAAAGAAGCAGAAUGCUGUAGCUCAAGCUGCUAUUAACGGUGUCAUUAACACUCCAGAACUCGCCUGUAAACCUGAACGUACAGGUUCUGUUGGCUCAGUCUCGGUACAGGCAGAGAUGUGUAUGCGCAGACAGCACUCAUCAGACAGUGUGUCCAGCAUCACCAGCCACUCCAGCAUGGAGAAUACAGACAACAGCAGCAAGAAGAAGAAGAAAAACUGGUUGCGCAGCUCCUUUAAACAGGCGUUCACAAAGAAGAAGUCUCCCAAAUCUGCCUCGUCCCAUUCAGACAUUGAGGAAAUGAACGACUCGCUUCCUUCGUCUCCUAAACUCCCUCAUAAUGGAUCCAGCAGCUCCACACCAAUGCUCAGGAACUCCAACUCACUGCUGCCAGAGGGUUUUGAUGGAGAGGCAGAGACUGUAAUGCAGCUUCGAAGUGAGUUAAGAGAGAAAGAAAUGAAGUUAACGGACAUCCGGUUAGAAGCACUGAGCUCUGCCCACCAACUUGAUCAAUUACGAGAGGCCAUGAAUAGGAUGCAGACUGAGAUUGAGAAGCUGAAAGCGGAAAAUGAUCAUUUAAAGAUGGAGAAUCAGGCAAACGGUGGCCGAGCGUUAAUCACCCCAAGUUCCAACACAACUUCAACAACAGAAUUCGCACAACAAAAUCUCCACAAGUCCACAAGCUUUGAUAUUCUGAUGGAUGAUUCUGGAGGAGAUGGCAGUUUUCAUAAAGAUGGCCAACAUGUAAAGAUCAUUGUCACUUUACGGGGGGAAGAUGCUCCUAGGAGAGAGGAUUGCAGAGCACAGGACUUCCUGAUUGGCUGUAUUGGAGUUAGCGGGAAAACCAAAUGGGACGUUUUGGACGGAGUAGUGAAACGCCUAUUUAAAGAAUACAUCAGACAUGUAGAUCCAGUCAGUCAUCUGGGCCUGAGCUCUGACAGCGUGGAGGCAUAUCGGAUUGGGGAGUUGAUCAGGCCAUGCAAAACAGAAACACCAGAACUACUUCCCUGUGGAUACUUAGUUGGAGAAAAUAACACGAUAAAUAUUUCACUGAAAGGUGUGAGCUCCCAGUCAACUGACUCUCUUGUGUUUGACAUGUUGAUCCCGAAGCCUGUGCUGCAGCGCUAUGUGUCACUGCUGCAGGAACAUCGUCGUCUCAUUCUGUCUGGUCCAAGUGGCACGGGAAAAACAUACCUGGCACACCGUAUGGCCGAGCACCUUACACUUCUGGAGGGACGCAUUGAUACACACACUGCCAUUGCCACCUUCAAUGUAGAUCACAAGUCUAGCAAGGAGCUGCGUCAGUAUUUGUUGGCUGUAAUGGAACAGUGCAGUGAGGAUCAGCAUGAAGCUCCUUUAGUCAUCAUACUGGACAACUUGCAUCAUAUCAGCUCUUUGGGAGAGAUAUUUAAUGGCCUGCUUACCCAAACUCGCCAGCACUACCCAUACAUCAUCGGCACCAUGAGUCAGACCACAUCUUCAUCUCCCAAUCUGCAGCUUCAUCAUAACUUCAGGUGGGUUUUGUGUGCAAAUCACACAGAACCAGUAAAGGGCUUUCUGGGCCGUUUUCUGAGGAGGAAGCUUAUUGAGACAGAAAUCAGCAGCCGGACACGUAAUCCAGCACUGGUGAAGAUCACUGAGUGGAUUCCUCGUGUUUGGCAUCAUCUCAACUGCUUCCUUGAGGCUCACAGCUCCUCAGAUGUUACUAUUGGGCCACGUUUGUUCCUUUCAUGUCCGAUGGAUGUAGAUGGGUCACGCAUUUGGUUUACAGACCUGUGGAAUUACAGCAUCAUCCCAUACAUACUGGAAGCUGUCAGAGAGGGUUUACAGCUUUAUGGACGUAGAGCUGCAUGGGAGGAUCCUGCUCGUUGGGUGAUGGACACAUUUCCAUGGCGAUCAAGCUCUCAGCAUCCUGAUUGGCCUGCUCUGCUAAAACUCCGCCCAGAGGAUGUGGGUUUGGAUGGAGGCUCCACCUUGAAAGAGGGUGCUAAUAAACAGAACACCCAGAGCGACAGUGAUGCUGAUCCACUGAUGAACAUGCUGAUGCGUCUAAAGGAGGCAGCAAACUGCUCCAGCACUCAGAGUUAUGACAGCGACUCUAACAGUAAUGGUCACCAUGAUGACAUCCUUGACUCAUCACUGGAGUCAACACUCUGAUGCUUACUUUUAUUUGCAAAGUUCCUUUGAAUGUUUCCUCAUGCCUAGGCAGCACCGAUCAAGCUGCUGAUGCAGAAACUAUACAAUUCACAGUUUAACUUGCUGUGUGUCAAGUUACAAAUUUAGAUUGCAAAACCGAAACAGAAGAAGAAAAAAAAAAAAAAAAAGAGACUGCACUACUUAUUCCUCAUAUUCUAACCAUCUGCUGUGAAGGAUGUCAUCUAACAAGAGAUUUUCCAGAAUCUUUACCUCACUAUAAUACACUUUCAUCUAAUAUCUAAUAAUGAUAAUCCUAAUAAUAAUAAUGAUUACAAUAAUAAUAAUGUUUUAAAGCUUUAGUUAAUAUCUUAAUUUAAUAGUUUUGCUCAUCCCUAAAAUUGGUUUUAGAGAAAUAUCAAAACUAAACCUCGCUAUUUUUUUCUCCCAUAUUAUGUUUUGUUGACAAGAUGGUGCUAUUGAUUUUGUGCUCUUCACUACUGUUAAUGUCUGGACACACAUGACACUGGCUCACAUAAGUGUAUUCUGAUGCUGGCCGUCAACGUAAAGGCAACGGAUUUUUCAUUCUGGGAGAGUUUCCGGAGGACAAUGUGAAAUUCUGUCCUUGUGUAAUCAUUUGCAUGAUCAGUACCUCACCAGCAUGGAGGUUUUCCUUUUUUGAAAAGAGAGACGUGUCCAGCGGACCUGACUUGCACUCAGUCACUGAAGAACACCCUUCUUCUCAACUUUUUCAUCCCUCAUUUCGGUGCUCAAUACCCAGUGCCUUACUGCAUCUUGCAAUGGGAGCCUGAGGGGCACUGUGUUCUUAUCCAGAACUUUCCACUUCUCAAGCAAAAGGGCUUCACACUGCUUGUCUAAGCAGCUCAGAGUGGCUUUAUCAUUUUGAUAAUUCAUCAUGUUACUUAUGAAACGCAGAUGAAAAAUGAAAAACAUUUGGCACAAAACCCUGUGAGACUUUGUUGGGUUCUUUGAAGGAGCUGCACAAUGUUGAGUAAAAUAGCGUGCGCUUAUGGGCGUAUUUAUACCUCAUCAGUUGUCCACAACUUUACUUUGGCCUUAUCUUCCAUGCUGUACCACUGUGAAGGGAAGUGACUUAAAGAGUCUACAUUGUGGAAUCCUAAAUGUUCUCUGGUUUUUCUAAAAUUAAAGAGCUUAAUAUAGUUUGUAAACAUUGUUAAAGUUAAAAAAUCUACUUCUUGCAUUCUCUCUGCUUAUGGAUCUGUUUAUGGAACCUAAACUGCAAAGAAAACAGCCAAUUUUACAUUUCAUGUUUCUUCAAUGUCAAAGCUCAUAUAAUAAACUUAUGCAUUAAUUUUACAGCAAGUUAGCCCCACCCAUUCUUGUGGCAGCAGGUUAGCACCAUCAAUUUAUUUUAUAGCAGGUUAUCCCCAUCUAUUUAGCAUACAGCAGGAUAGUCCAUCAUCAUGUUGGGGCCAAAUUAGCCCCUACCAUUCCCCUAUACCCAUUCAGUUUAUUUUAUAUAAGUUAGCCAUGCUCAGUUGCACUAGAAUCUGUAGCAGUAUUUUAGGUUUUAGUGUGCAGAUAAAUCUUGUACCUGUCUGGCAUGAAACAAAUAAGUUACACAAGUAAUUGUACAUGAGCGUCUUUUGUUUUGAAUAUGAGUAUGAUGGUUUAUCUUAAACAUUACUAUUCCUAAUUAUUCCCUAUGAACACUGAGGCAGCUUUAUCUAACUAAGUAUGCACUGUAAUCAAAGAGCUAACACAAGUUUUGUUAAUCUGUUUGCCUCUUCUAUAGCUAGUCUUGUCAUGAACAGUAACAUUUCUUUGACCUUUUUUGAAAUUCUUUUUACAGCUUUUUACUAGCAGAUGCCAUUAUUUUCUCCAUUUUUGUAUCUCUUUAUGCUGUUCUGAGAGACAAAGGAAGGAAGGGAAAUUGCCAUGUAAAAAUAAAUUAUGUUUUUUGUACAUACACCUACGGAAAUAUUAUAAAGUGAACUUCAGGGAAAAGAUCAAAUACAAAAAUAGACUUUUAGGAAGAGCUAAUAAAUGAAAUGACAGAAGAAACAAUUGUGGACAUUUAACUGACAGUUAACACUUGAUAUCAGGAAUUAAUUAUGGUUUUGUUUGAAUUCCUCAUGAAUUUCCUCCAUGGUAAUUUUGUUCAGUUUUUUGUUAAUAAUCUUACCUACCUUCAGCAUCUUGAUCCUAUGCAACAUCAUUCACAUUUGAAAUAGAAGCCAAAUAUUGUAUCAGCACUGCCAAGUGUGUUUUUUUGUGUGUGUGUGUGUGUGUGUGUGUGUGUGCAUGUGUGUGUAUUUAUAUAAAUUUAGAUUGUACAGUGUGUAUAUAUUUUUGUGAAUAAUUCUCAAAUUAUAAUGUGCCUACAUUUUAUAAAGUUGGAUGUAAGUCAGUUCAAGCACAGACUCGGGACAUGUUUUAACUUAAUUGUCAUUAUUGAAUGUUUAUUUGCUGUGUACAUGAUCUGAUUAUAAUUUUUUUUAAUCCUGUAUUUGGAUGAAUAAAAUGUACU